UGUUGCUUGACUUUUCGUUUUCUCGCAUUUUUAGCCAGAUGCGUUUCCGGAUACUCAUCUCUCUUUUAUCUCCAUAACUCACAUUCACUUCCAAAGACAAUUCGAAAAGUAACAUCAGAGCCACUACCGGAAAGCCUCAUACGCGUCCUUGCCUCCUGCACAUCUAUCGACAGGUGUUGUUGUAUAUCCACCUCCAACGGCAUCCUCAGCUUCACGGCAGCAGCGAACGAGAGACGAGAACGACGACCCGAUCGACACUUGUGCGGAUUUGCUACCUGCAUUCCCCACGUGCGCCCGCCACUCGCGCGCCCAUCACCACGGCCACCUUUUGGUUUGAGCUUUCUCGCCCGGACUUGAUCCCGAAGAAACUCGAAAAGCGGAAGGGUGACGCCUUUGGAUAAACAAACAGAAUAGGGCAACAUCGCGAAGGAUAAGAAAAGAGCAUCGCCGAAAUAUUCAACUCUGUAAGUGAGAAAUCCUCCUACCAGAAUGCUGUGCCGGGGAAUAUCUUGAACAUCUCCCACUGGUCCUUGUCAUCAUACUUCCUCCCCUUUGCACCGAAUAAGUUCCCCCGUUCUUGUACUACAGUACUGCCGCCUACGCCGUCUCCGGCAUGGUUAAUUGUGGAAUUGGACACCCUUGGCACCGAAAGUCGACAAUUCUGGAAGGGUAAAAAAAGGGAAUAUGCAUAGGCAAAAACGGCGAAUUACGAAGGAGAAUAAACAUGGGCGGCCAGGAUCGAGAAGAAAACCAGAUUCCUGUUCCGCUAUUGCUGUCGCCCCCUAGCUGCAUUCGCUGCCAUUUACAGUACUGCGUACUGCUUGCUUCCUUGCAAGAAAAAAAAAAGGUCUCGC